AACAACCUGUGGUAACCCUGACAUAGCACUCAAACCCUGAUAUUAUAACGAGGCAGUUCUAAAACUAACAUUUUAUAUUUUGCUAUUAUUGAAAUCAUGUCUGAAGAGCAGUGUAAACCAAAUCUGAUCUUGGGGGAGGAGAAAGCACUGGAACGAGGAGGGGACGGCGACGGAGAUGAGUCCUUGAAAAACAAGAAACGCGUUACUUUUAACAGGGUGGUGGAGUACUUCUCCUACUCGGAUAACUUCACCAACUGGAAAAGACACUUGAUGCCGGACAACGACUUGCGCAAGAGCAUGCCGCCAGAGUCGAAGACUUACUACACGAAGAACUAAGCCCAAUUUAUGACUCCGGCCCACCAUGACGACCAUAUUGCAAAAGCCAAACACACUGUACAAACAAACACAAAACCCCCAGCGGAAGUUGUUAAAUGAACGUGACACUUUUAACCUAAUUGGAGGGUAAACGGCUGUCCUUUUCCCGUCGGGGGAAAAGGAUUGUGGACCUGUCAUAGUGGUUUUUAAUGCAUUUCCCAUGUCCGACGGUUCGCAAAGAACCUGAGUAAAUGGCCUUUCACUUAUUCAUGAUUUGUACUUAUUUAUAUUUUUUUGUUUGUUCGUAUUAAAAGCAUCAGACACUCUCCA